AUGGUUGCAGAAACAGAGAAACCACCUAUACAAUUAGAUAUUUUCAAUUCAUUUCACGGAGCGAAUUAUAUCACUACCAUUGACUUAAAUAAUGCAUAUUUUCAAAUUCCGAUAAAUAAAGAUGGUAGAAAAUAUACUGGAUUCACAUUCAAUGGAAAGUCAUAUGUAUAUAAUGUUUUGCCGCAAGGAUUAAAAACAUCAGUAGGAAGCUUUAGCAGAGCCAUGAAUUUAAUAUUAGGACCAGAAGUCCAAGAAUUUUGUGUGAACUAUUUAGAUGAUCUAGCCAUUAUUACAACAGGAACGUUAGAUAAACAUUUGGAGCACAUUGAUAUUGUUUUAAGUAAAUGGAACAAAGCUGGCUUAACGUGUAACUUGCAGAAAUGUGAAUUUAUUUGUAAAGAAAUUAGAAUGCUGGGUUUUAUAAUUUCAACAGAAGGCAUAAAGACAGAUCCCGAUAAGAUUCGAGCGAUCCAAGAGUUUCCAGCACCUAAAAAGAUUAAACAAUUAAGGGCCUUUUUAGGUCUAUGCAAUUUUUAUAGAAGGUUUAUACCAAAUUACAGCGAGAGCAUAAUACCGCUCUGUGAAUUACUUAAAAAGGGACGAAAGUUCCAAUGGAGCGGUAAAGAACAGAAGGCAUUUGAUUUUAUAAAACAACAAUUUAUUAAUACAAUACAAUUGCAUCAUCCAGACUUUAAUAAGACGUAUUAUUUACAAACAGAUUGUUCCGGUGUGGGUAUGGCCGGAGUACUAUAUCAGAUAGAUGAUAAUAAUGAAAUGAGAAUUUUAGGCUAUCAUAGUAAAGCCUUAAAAGGCCCCGAAUUAAAUUGGUCUGUUACUGAACAAGAGUUUUAUGCUGUAAUAAGCUGCCUAAAGAAAUUUGAAACAUAUUUGAGGGGCAGUAAAGUAAUAAUACUAACUGAUCAUAAAGCAUUAUUGUUUAUUAAUAAUAUGAAGUUAUUCAAUGGUAGAGUAACCCGAUGGAUUUUGUAUAUAGAACAAUUUAAUUAUGAAGUACAGCAUAUAUCGGGUAGACGUAAUAUUGUUGCAGAUGUGCUAUCACGUUAUCCUCCUGAUGGCGAUUUAAUACAAGAGGAUAAAAAUAAUAGUUUAGAAAUUGCUUACACAGAGAGCGAACCGAAUAUUGAGUUGAUAGAAAAAUUAAAAUCCUUAACAGUAUAUCAAUUACAAGAUUCAGAGUCGUUGGCUAUUAUUGAAAAGUUAAAGACAUUAAAUACUUCCAUAAUAAAACAAAACAAUAAAUUUAAAAGGUAUAGUUUGAAAAAUGAUGUAUUAUAUUACAAAACGAAUUUACAAGAAGUAAUAUAUUUACCUAAAGCAUUGAGACAAGAUAUUAUAAAUCAAGUGCAUGUCGAAAUGGGUCAUCAAGGACCCUAUAAGGUAAUUAAAUAUGUAAGAGACAGAUUCUUUUGGAAAGGUUUAACAAAAGAUAUUAAAAACCAAUUAAGGGCUUGUCAUUUAUGUCAGUUAUCUAAGAAAAGCAAUAUAACAUAUGUGGGUCCCUGCAAAUCUAUAAUAACAGAAAACAUUGGCGAUAUAGUCAUGGCAGACUUAUAUGGACCACUUGUAUCAGGUACCUUUGGGUACACUUUCAUAUUUGUCAUUCAAGAUUCAUUCAGUAAAUUUAUCAAAUUAUAUCCUUUAAAACAGUCAACAGCAAAGUCUGUUGUAACAAAAGUAAAGCAUUUUGUUGAGAUUAUAAAGCCCAAGGCAAUAAUGACAGAUAAUGGAAAACAGUUCGUAAGUAAUCACUGGAAACAAUCAAUGAGUGAAUUAAAUAUAAAGCCAAUAUAUACCACAGUUAGAAAUCCUAGACCAAAUACAACAGAGCGAGUAAAUAAAGAGUUGAGCAGAUUAUUUAGGACGCUUUGUCAUACUAACCACAAAGAUUGGGCGUUAAUAUUGCCGAAAUUAGAAGAAUUGUAUAAUAAUUCUUAUCACAAUAGUACAGGCUUCACGCCUUGUGAGAUUCUUUAUGGUGAGUCUAAUGAGAUGUCUUUUGACAAAGUAAUUUCCAAAAGUAAAGACAAACAUAAUGUCGAACAAAUUAGACAACAAGUGCGUAAAAAUUUAAAAGAGGCAAGUCGAAUAAGAAACACAAAAUUUGAUAAGCGAAAUAGAUUAAUAAAAUAUAAUAUUGGUGACUUAGUAAAAAUUUCAAGAUAUAGUAGAUCAGACGCUGAUAAUAAAGUUAUGAAAACAGAGAAACCACCUAUACAAUUAGAUAUUUUCAAUUCAUUUCACGGAGCGAAUUAUAUCACUACCAUUGACUUAAAUAAUGCAUAUUUUCAAAUUCCGAUAAAUAAAGAUGGUAGAAAAUAUACUGGAUUCACAUUCAAUGGAAAGUCAUAUGUAUAUAAUGUUUUGCCGCAAGGAUUAAAAACAUCAGUAGGAAGCUUUAGCAGAGCCAUGAAUUUAAUAUUAGGACCAGAAGUCCAAGAAUUUUGUGUGAACUAUUUAGAUGAUCUAGCCAUUAUUACAACAGGAACGUUAGAUAAACAUUUGGAGCACAUUGAUAUUGUUUUAAGUAAAUGGAACAAAGCUGGCUUAACGUGUAACUUGCAGAAAUGUGAAUUUAUUUGUAAAGAAAUUAGAAUGCUGGGUUUUAUAAUUUCAACAGAAGGCAUAAAGACAGAUCCCGAUAAGAUUCGAGCGAUCCAAGAGUUUCCAGCACCUAAAAAGAUUAAACAAUUAAGGGCCUUUUUAGGUCUAUGCAAUUUUUAUAGAAGGUUUAUACCAAAUUACAGCGAGAGCAUAAUACCGCUCUGUGAAUUACUUAAAAAGGGACGAAAGUUCCAAUGGAGCGGUAAAGAACAGAAGGCAUUUGAUUUUAUAAAACAACAAUUUAUUAAUACAAUACAAUUGCAUCAUCCAGACUUUAAUAAGACGUAUUAUUUACAAACAGAUUGUUCCGGUGUGGGUAUGGCCGGAGUACUAUAUCAGAUAGAUGAUAAUAAUGAAAUGAGAAUUUUAGGCUAUCAUAGUAAAGCCUUAAAAGGCCCCGAAUUAAAUUGGUCUGUUACUGAACAAGAGUUUUAUGCUGUAAUAAGCUGCCUAAAGAAAUUUGAAACAUAUUUGAGGGGCAGUAAAGUAAUAAUACUAACUGAUCAUAAAGCAUUAUUGUUUAUUAAUAAUAUGAAGUUAUUCAAUGGUAGAGUAACCCGAUGGAUUUUGUAUAUAGAACAAUUUAAUUAUGAAGUACAGCAUAUAUCGGGUAGACGUAAUAUUGUUGCAGAUGUGCUAUCACGUUAUCCUCCUGAUGGCGAUUUAAUACAAGAGGAUAAAAAUAAUAGUUUAGAAAUUGCUUACACAGAGAGCGAACCGAAUAUUGAGUUGAUAGAAAAAUUAAAAUCCUUAACAGUAUAUCAAUUACAAGAUUCAGAGUCGUUGGCUAUUAUUGAAAAGUUAAAGACAUUAAAUACUUCCAUAAUAAAACAAAACAAUAAAUUUAAAAGGUAUAGUUUGAAAAAUGAUGUAUUAUAUUACAAAACGAAUUUACAAGAAGUAAUAUAUUUACCUAAAGCAUUGAGACAAGAUAUUAUAAAUCAAGUGCAUGUCGAAAUGGGUCAUCAAGGACCCUAUAAGGUAAUUAAAUAUGUAAGAGACAGAUUCUUUUGGAAAGGUUUAACAAAAGAUAUUAAAAACCAAUUAAGGGCUUGUCAUUUAUGUCAGUUAUCUAAGAAAAGCAAUAUAACAUAUGUGGGUCCCUGCAAAUCUAUAAUAACAGAAAACAUUGGCGAUAUAGUCAUGGCAGACUUAUAUGGACCACUUGUAUCAGGUACCUUUGGGUACACUUUCAUAUUUGUCAUUCAAGAUUCAUUCAGUAAAUUUAUCAAAUUAUAUCCUUUAAAACAGUCAACAGCAAAGUCUGUUGUAACAAAAGUAAAGCAUUUUGUUGAGAUUAUAAAGCCCAAGGCAAUAAUGACAGAUAAUGGAAAACAGUUCGUAAGUAAUCACUGGAAACAAUCAAUGAGUGAAUUAAAUAUAAAGCCAAUAUAUACCACAGUUAGAAAUCCUAGACCAAAUACAACAGAGCGAGUAAAUAAAGAGUUGAGCAGAUUAUUUAGGACGCUUUGUCAUACUAACCACAAAGAUUGGGCGUUAAUAUUGCCGAAAUUAGAAGAAUUGUAUAAUAAUUCUUAUCACAAUAGUACAGGCUUCACGCCUUGUGAGAUUCUUUAUGGUGAGUCUAAUGAGAUGUCUUUUGACAAAGUAAUUUCCAAAAGUAAAGACAAACAUAAUGUCGAACAAAUUAGACAACAAGUGCGUAAAAAUUUAAAAGAGGCAAGUCGAAUAAGAAACACAAAAUUUGAUAAGCGAAAUAGAUUAAUAAAAUAUAAUAUUGGUGACUUAGUAAAAAUUUCAAGAUAUAGUAGAUCAGACGCUGAUAAUAAAGUUAUGAGUAAGUUUAAUUUGGCAUAUGAAGGACCUUAUGUAAUAGCAGCCGUACCAUUUGACAAUGUAUAUACCUUAGCAAAUCCAGAGACAAACGAAAUUAGAGGAAUUUUCAAUGCUAUUCACUUAUUAAAAUAUUUUAAAUAA